ACUUCAAAGUCUCUCAACUCUCUAACCCCACCACCACCCACUUCACAUUCACAUUCACAUUCAUAUUCACUCUCUAAUCUCUAUCACUCACUCACUCAUUGCUCAUUCAAUUUUUUUCCAAACCCUCCACCGGAAAAUCUGUUUAGUACUUUUUUUUUCUCUCUCACUCACAUAGUCACAUGCUCUCAAUCUAUAUAUAGUAUCUCUCUCUCUCUCUCUCUCUCUCUCUCUCUCUAAUCUCUCUUUGUUUAUAUAUAUGUAAAGCUCUCAUCAGUCAUGGGCUGUUUUCAGUCCAAAACUGCCCACCUAGCUUCUCCCGACCAAGACCCUCCUCUUCCUCACCCCAGUCCAGAUCCAGCAAAUGGUGGAGGAGGAGAGGAGGAAUUAGAGCAAAACGAUGGCGUGCCGGCAUUCAAGGAGUUCGAGCUGGCAGAGCUGAGAGCAGCAACAAAUGGGUUCAGUAGUGAAUUGAUAGUCUCUGAGAGUGGAGAGAAAGCUCCCAAUGUGGUUUACAAAGGGAAGCUUCGAAACAAUGGCCUUGUUGCCAUUAAGCGCUUCUCCAAGCUUUCCUGGCCUGACCCACAUCAGUUUGUGACAGAGGCUUGUGGAGUAGGGAAGGUUCGGCAUAAGAGAAUGGUGAAUUUAAUAGGAUGUUGUGCUGAGGGAGAUGAGCGGCUUUUGGUGGCAGAGUUCAUGCCUAAUGAUACUCUCUCCAAGCAUCUCUUUCACUGGGAUAAACAACCAUUGCCUUGGGAAAUGCGUGUGAGAGUUGCCUACUAUAUUGCACAAGCACUUGGUCAUUGCAACACAGAAAACCGAAAAAUCUAUCAUGAUUUAAAUGCAUAUAGAGUUCUAUUUGAUGAGGAUGGUGACCCACGAUUAUCUAGUUUUGGUCUUAUGAAGAAUAGCCGAGAUGGAAAAAGUUAUAGCACUAACUUGGCAUAUACUCCACCAGAGUUCUUGCGGACAGGCAGGGUCAUCCCAGAGAGUGUGGUCUACAGUUAUGGAACUGUUCUUCUGGACCUUUUAAGUGGAAAGCAUAUCCCUCCAAGUCAUGCAUUGGAUUUGAUAAGAGGAAAAAAUUUGUUGUUACUGCUGGAUUCGUCCUUGGAAGGACAAUAUGCUGAAGAAGAUGCAACUGAGUUGGUUGAACUGGCCUCAAAAUGCUUGCAAUAUGAGGCUAAAGAUCGACCUGAAAUCAAAUUUCUUCUUUCAUCAGUAACUCCGCUCCAAAAGCAGAAAGAGGUUGCAUCACAUGUCCUAUUGGGUUUAACAAAAACACCAGUGGUGCUGCCAACCAUGCUUUCCCCCCUUGGAAAGGCUUGUGUGAGAAUGGAUCUUACUGCAGUGCACGAUAUAUUGCUUAAAACAGGUUAUAAAGAUGAAGAGGGUGCAGAAAAUGAACUGUCAUUCCAAGAGUGGACGCAACAAGUGCAAGAUAUGUUGAACACCAAGAAGUUUGGGGAUAUUGCAUUUAGAGACAAGGAUUUCAAAAAUGCUAUCGAAUAUUAUUCAAAGCUAGUAUCGAUGAUGCCUGUUCCCUCGGCUACUAUCUUUGUGAGGCGAGCCCUCUCAUACUUGAUGACUGGCCAAGCAGAACUUGCCUUGAGAGAUGCAAUGCAAUCUCAGGUGUGCUUGCCCGAGUGGCCUACUGCAUUCUACAUGCAAGCUCUUGCCCUCUCAAAGCUUGGAAUGGAAACAGAUGCUCAGGACAUGCUUAAUGAUGGAGCCUCCUUUGAAGCAAAGAAACAAAACAGUUGGCGGAUAUAGGUUCUUGGCUUUUAGCUAAUGGUGGUGGCAAUCCUAUAUCUCUUAAUUUUUUCCGCUCAUUUUUACCAUUAUGUUGCAAGUGGCAUUUGCAAGAAGAUCCAUGUGAGAACAAGUUUGAUAUAUAUGGUAUUGAUUGGGGUUAUUUUUAAGUUUUGCACCCUCUUCACUUGAUUAGUUUCACACAAAGAAAUGUAUAAAGCAUUUGUAAUAAACAAUAAUCUAAGUCAGUUUUUUUAGAUUUAUA